CUGGUGUGUGAGAAACUAUUGCUAGCACGGAGGAAGCCCGGUCCCCAGGCCAUGGGGGCACAGCUGAGGCUGCCACCCGGAGAGCCCUGCCACGAAGGGUAUGUGCUGUCGCUGGUCUGCUCCAACUCUUCCCGGGCUUCCUGUGAGAUUACAAACGUGUCACAGCUGCUGGCUUACCCUAUAGUCUACACGAACCUGAAUUCCUCCAAAACCAACUUCAGCGUUUCAGCAAGUGUAGAAAACAAAUACAGGCUGUAUGUAGGCUUGGUAUUGGCCAUAAGUUCCAGCGUUUUUAUUGGCUCAAGUUUCAUACUCAAAAAGAAGGGUCUCUUGCAACUGGCCAACAAGGGAAUUACCAGAGCAGGGCAAGGUGGACAUUCUUACCUCAAGGAAUGGUUGUGGUGGGCAGGACUGCUGUCAAUGGGAGCUGGAGAGGCUGCGAACUUCGCUGCUUAUGCCUUCGCACCCGCCACCUUGGUCACUCCGCUGGGGGCUCUGAGCGUUCUCAUAAGUGCAAUAUUGUCUUCCUAUUUUUUAAAUGAGCACUUGAACAUUCACGGGAAAAUAGGCUGUAUAUUAAGCCUAUUGGGGUCAACUGUGAUGGUUAUCCACGCCCCGCAAGAGGGAGAAGUCACAUCCUUGCAUGAAAUGGAAAUGAAAUUGAGAGAUCCAGGGUUCAUUUCCUUUGCGGUGAUCAUCUCUGUGAUCUCACUGGUGCUGAUUUUGAUUGUGGCCCCCAAGAAAGGACAGACUAAUAUAUUGGUCUACAUCGCAAUCUGUUCUUUGAUCGGAGCGUUUUCCGUUUCUUCUGUCAAAGGCUUGGGAAUCGCCAUUAAGGAACUGCUGGAAAGGAAGCCUGUUUACAAGGACCCCCUGUUCUUCAUCCUGUUGGCCGUGCUUGCGCUUUCAGUAACGACCCAGAUUAACUAUCUCAACAAGGCCCUGGACACUUUCAACACGUCUCUGGUGACUCCCAUUUAUUAUGUCUUCUUCACGUCCAUGGUGGUGACCUGUUCUGCCAUCUUGUUCCAGGAGUGGUAUGGCAUGAAAGCUGGAGAUGUCAUUGGUACCCUGAGUGGGUUCUUCACCAUCAUCAAUGGCAUCUUCCUCCUGCAUGCUUUUAAAAACACCACCAUCACCUGGAGUGAGCUCAUGUCUACUGCUAAGAAAGAAGUCCUUUCUCCAAAUGGCAGUCAGAGCAGUUAUGUUUUACUAGAGAAUGCAGACUUCUCAGCCUCAGGGUAUGAUGAUGACAUCACCCUGUUUAGCAGGACUGAUAACCAAAGUAUCCAUAAACUUUGAACUUCAACCAAGAUACCCGAAGAGAAAUAAUACUUGCUCUCGGAAGGUCUGUUUGUGUGUUAGCAUGUAUAACACUGUACACAUCCUCAGGAUGGGAGGCCAAGUGAAAAGCUCUUUGCUCUAUAGAGCCUCCAAAUUGGAAAAUCAAGUUUAAUCUUCCUCUAGAAGAUUUGUGUCCUUCUUUUAUGUUUUCAGAACCACCAAGACAGACACCGAGCUCAACAGAAGUCAAAGGUGUACGUUUGUCUCAGAAUAAUUCUUCUGGUUGAUAGAUUUGCCAGGAGGUGCUUCAUCCCUGCCUGGUCUUGGACUCAGGGUGACUCACAGAUCUGUUAACUGUCUUCUGACUGAGCAGAAUCUUGGACGCCGUUGUCCCAUGACUCAUAAUCUCAUGCUAUCAAACUAAGAAACGGGAACACUGGUGUAUUGACCUCUGGUCUGCACUACACAGCGGAUAGGCAAAAUGUUAAAGAACAUACUGAACUAAAAAGUUUAUGACACAUAUUUUUCUUUUAUUUUUCCCAAGCACACACACAUGAUUAUGUCAGAGAAUCUAUUAUGGACAUAGGUAAUGUAAGCAAAACAUGUUUUCUGGAAAUCCCAAGUGACUUUUGCUUUGCAAUGACUUCCAACAACCAUUUUGUUCCUUUUUCCUUUUCUUUUUCUUUUUUUUCUCUUCUUCUCUCUCUCUCUCUCUCUCUCUCUCUCUCUCUCUCUCUCUCUCUCUCUCUCUCUCUGUUAUAGGUGGGAUGUUUUCUAUCGGCUUGUUUUCUCAUUUGUUUAUUUUUCAGACAUGCUCUUGCUAUGUGACCCAAGCUGACCUCGAGUUCAGCAUUCCUUUGCUUCUAUCUCCUGAGUGCUUGAGUUAAAGGUGGUACAGCUGCUUUUUGAAAAACUACUGUUCCAUAAAUUUCUUCUUGUUGACAUAGAGGUAUUGUAAAAACAAUCACUAUGCAAUGUGAAGUUCAUAGCAUGCUUCUAUUUUUCUCAAAGGUCUUAUCCCUAAAAGAUGGGUCAUCCAAAACUGAGAACUAACAGAUUCCUUGUACAAUCUUAAUGUCCUUUUAAAACUUGCUAUUUUCACCUUAAUAAGGAAAUUAUAAACACUUUCUAACUUUUCAGAAUGGGCACAGCCUACUGUUGUUUGCAAUGACAGAGGCCGGGUUUUUUUCUGUUGAAUUCCUUAUGACCUUACUUUCCAAUUCAGAUCAUCGAUAAGUGUGUAGGGAGAGAGAAAGUCCCUUAAAAACAAACAAACAAACAAACAAACAAACAAAAAACUCUGAAGUCAUGCUACAGGAAGAAUCAUUUGCUCAUUAAAAUUUUGCAUUUGACUUCUCUGACUCAUUCUACACUCAUGCUCUUAGAAUCUUCAACAAGAGUAACUGUUGAGUGCAGCUAACUGUACUGUGUGUUUGGGAGAGCUGAUAAUCCAUGGGCAUCCCGUGACUUGAUACCUCAAGGCAAAUACAUGUUUACUUUCUGUCACUGACUCACUUUGAGUAGCAGAUGUAGAAGCUGUGAACACACGUUUGUAGAAAAUUAUCUUCUGAAAGGGUAGUAUGUUUGAAACCUGUACUAAUUCUUUUGCCAAUUCCCCUUGUGGCUUUGACUCCACUGGGUUCCCCCAGGGUCUCCUCUUGGUGAGGAUAUCAGUCAUCUUUCUUGACAUCUUUCCUCAUUGCGGCCAUUCUCCAUUCUAGUGAUCUUAACUUUUAGACAUUUAUUAAAUGUCACUUGUUACUUGACACCUUAGCUGUCAAGUUUUGCCCUUCAUACAUUGUUCACAGGUCAAAGGUUCCUGCAACAUAAGAAUCCAUGUGUCUUGGGUUAGAAAAUGAAUUGGUGUUGACAUAUACGCCCAGGAGAGAGACUGAGAGAUUUAAUCAGUUGUCAUAUAUGAAGAAACAAUAAAAAAUGGCAAAUAUUUGCAAAUCUCUGGAAAGAUUGCUGGUGAGAAUAUGCAUUUAAAAAAUUUAAAUGUUACUAUAGAUCUAAUACCACAGCUGAAUCUCUCUCGAGUAGGAAGAUACUGCUCAAGAAAGAGUAAACUACUGUGUCCCUCUAUGACAUUCGGAACUGCUGUCUCUUACUCGUGUGCAUUUGAAUGUGUAUCCUUGUCAUCUUAUAGACAUGAGUUAUUUGGUGGGUGUCAAUGUAUAUGUAAAGAAAAUGGUUUUGCCUUUUGAAUUAUAACUUCACUAUUAGGUCAAUGGUUAAUCAUUCUAUUUUUCGUCCAGAGUAAAAGAUGUUCAUAAAAUUCAAACAUUGGAUUAAGUUAACACUUAUUUCUUUAAAAAAACAAAGGAAGAAAAUGCUAUUUAACAUACAUGGAAAGCUUCUUAUUCUGUGCCCAGUAAAUAGUAGGCAAUUCACUAAAGUUGAUUCUCACUGAACCUGAGUUCUAAUCCUUGUUCUUACAAGAAAGAGGAGGACCACUGAGCACAAGUUUGUGUGAAUUCUUCAUCGUUCCUCAGUUUCAGUCACGUUAUUCAUUUUCGACAAUCCGAGUAAAGGCAAAUUCAGCAUUGUCCACUCUCCAUCACAAUACAGGACCAUUCCAACAAAAAUAUUUUCCCUAGAGAGGGGGAAUGUAGCUCAGUGUUCCCUCGGCAUGCACACAGGCACUGGGUUUGAUUCUCAGUGUGAGGGGGUAAAUAAUAAAACCAGUGAAACCAAACUAAAUGUCACCUUCACCUUCAAAAGCUUUGGAGGUACGAGGGAGGGGGGAGAAGGGUCAUGAAUAUGUUGAAUGUUCUCAAAUACUUUUGAUAAACUGUUUAUAAGAGUUUAUAUUUUUCAAAUGUUUAUAAGUACUAUUCAUUUUGGAUAGUUUAUACAUCUGUAAUGUUUCUGUAUAUUUCCAAUAAAAUAAUAUUGUUUUA